CUGGAAGACAACGAGAAAGCUGAAAAUGAGACGGCCUUAUCUAUUAGGAUUGGUUGAAGAGUGUGGUUAGUUUGACGCCUAGAGCUUGAUAAUGUCGUUGUAUAUCUUAGAUUCGAAUUCAAUCUUUUAGAGAGAGUGCGAGAGAGAGAUGGAAGAAGCAAAGGGAUCAGUGGUGAAGCACGUAUUUGUAGCAAAGUUCAAAGAUGAAACUUCAGCUGCCCAGAUCGACCAACUCAUCAGAGAAAUGGCCAACCUCGUUAACCUCAUCGAGCCAAUGAAGUCCUUAGACUGCUUGGCAUCCUCUGCUUUACUGCAUGAGAAUAUUUACAAGAGAGUUAGAGAUGCAACUGAGGUGAACACAGACAAAGAAGAGUGUAAAUCUUCCACCUGCAUGGGCAUGGAUGUGAGCGCUGGGAAGAAGAAUCAAGGUUUCACUCAUGUCUUUGAAUGCACCUUUGAGAGUAUGGAGGGUAUCGCAGAGUAUGUUGCUCAUCCUGCCCAUAAAGAAUAUGCAAAGACACUCAUGCCUAACGUGGAGAAGUUCCAAGUGUUUGAUUACGAACUCACUAAGGCUGUCAUCUAGAACCCUGCUUCGUCGUCUCUCUACUGAACAAGGAUGCAUUUGAACUAUUUUUAUACAAGUUGUGUUUGAUGAACUUAUUUGAGUUUCUAUCUCUCAGACAAUUUAUUCGAACCUCUGUUUGUACCUGUUCUUCGUAUUGGGGUAAAUGUGGUGGUCUACUUUAAUGCAUAGCUGUAGACUCUGCUUUUCUUU